ACAUAAACAAUACAAGGGAAAGAAAACAAGAUUAAUGGAUGCAUAUAUAUUAUUCUUUGUCAUUUCUAUUGGACAAAUUCUGCCGCUAUAAGUUCAAGAUGCAACAAUGCAUUUAUGUUUUAUCUAGCUCAGUAUAUAGUAUAGCUCCACUAUAUAUACAUUACAAUAAUCUUUGACAUACAAAUUGAACAUUAUAUUAUAUUGCAUGCAAGAUGAAUCAUAAGAUGACUUGUUGGGUCCCUUUGUUAAUAGCUUCAGUAUGGCUAAGUUCAAGAAUGACGACGUUGGAGGGUCGUCAUGUGUCAAAUAAUAAUUUUCAUCCUCUUGUGAGUAAUGAUGAUUCAGAAGGAGCGAGAUGGGCUGUGCUUGUCGCUGGUUCCAAUGGGUUUGGAAAUUAUAGGCACCAAGCCGAUAUUUGCCAUGCUUACCAAAUAAUGAAGAAUGGAGGCCUUAAAGAUGAAAAUAUCAUUGUAUUCAUGAGUGAUGACAUCGCCAAUAAUGAAGAAAACCCAAGGCCUGGCGUUAUAAUCAAUCAUCCCAAUGGUUCAGAUGUUUAUCAAGGUGUUCCUAAGGACUAUACCGGAAAUUACACAAGUGCGGAAAACUUAUACGCCGUAAUAAGUGGGAACCAAAGUGCUAUUACCGGAGGCAGUGGUAAGAUGCUGAAUAGUGGUCCGAAUGACACCAUUUUUAUUUACUAUGCUGACCAUGGUGGACCAGGCAUCAUUGGUAUGCCAGUUGGGGAUUUCGUUGUGGCCAAUGAUUUUAUAAAUGUAUUGAAAAGCAAACAUGCGGCUAACGCCUAUAAAAAGAUGGUAAUAUACUUGGAAGCAUGUGAAUCUGGGAGCAUGUUCGAAGGGAUUCUUCCAGAAAACAUAAACAUAUACGUAACCACCGCUUCCAAUGCAAAUGAGAGCAGCUGGGGUUGUUACUGCCCUGGAGAUCCGACAUAUCCUCCUCCUCCUGAGUUUCAAACUUGCUUGGGAGAUUCUUAUAGCGUUUUAUGGAUGGAAGACAGCGACAAAAAUGAUAGGACAAAAGAAACUUUGCAACAACAAUAUGAAACUGUUCGCGAGAAAACAUUAGAUUGGGAGGAAAAAGGUUCUCAUGUGAUGCAAUAUGGAAACAAAAACUUCACCGAUGAUUUUCUAGUAACCUACAUUGGUGCAACCGGAGUGAGUGCCAGUACAAAUGCAUAUUCUUCCUCUACUACCACCCCGACAAAAUUUGUCAACCAACGAGAUGCACUUCUCCACUAUCUUAGCCACAAGUUCAAAAACGCUCCAGAAGGAUCAAAAGAAAGGAUGGAAGCUCAAAAGGGGUUAAUAGAAGAAAUAGCUCAAAGGGAGCACGUGGACAAUAGCGUGAAGGCCAUUGCAGAUCACUUGUUUGGAGAAGAGUACAGAACAUCAUUGAUCUCAAGUGUUCGUCCAUCAGGCCAACCUCUUGUGGAUGAUUGGGAUUGUUUUAAGAAUUAUAUAAAAAUUUAUGAGAGCUAUUGUGGUGCCCUGUCAACGUAUGGAAGGAAAUACACCAGGGCCAUUGCUAACAUAUGCAAUGCUGGCGUUUCUCAAGAGAAAAUGGUUCUAGCAUCUUCUCUAGCUUGCCCCUAGGGGAAUUAUAGGGUUCUUCAUCAUAAAUUUAUCACUGGUUAUUAACAAUGUAAUAAUGAAUAUGUUUAUGAACUAAAUAAUGGAGCUUACACAAACUAUGUAAUAAGACCAGUGGCUAGAUUUUCCUAGUAGUUUCCUUACUUUGCCUCGUUUGUGCCUUGUUUUAAAAACUCUU